GCAUGUUGGGAUGGGCUCAGCAAUGCCGACGUGGACGACGCGAUUAACCGCUAGCCCUUGCGCCUCAAUCUCCGCGUUCGACAAGGUAAAGGAAUAGGGCGACAGGCGUGGCUGUGUAGGGCCAGAGUCGUAAGGCUCCCGACGUCUCAAAAUUCCCACGGGACGAUGACGAGCCCAGCCCAGCCAACAUUGGAACUUUGGGACGGCGGCGGCGCAUGAUCGGCUUACGUAAGCGGUGCCGGCGAAAUAUAUGCCUCGCGCAAGGCCCUCCUGCCGCGCGGUGUUCACGUUCUCUAUUAACACCUACGAGAAGCGAUUCAACUCUCAAAGUCAUCCUACAAUGCCCUGGGAAAUGCUCGGUCUGCGUCUCGGACGCGAAGUGUACAAACACCACGAACGGGAGAAGAGGCAGGAGGAGAGAAGGCUGCAGAUGGAGCAGCGACAAGCCGAAAGACAAGAGAGGCAGGAGGAGAGGCAGGAAAGACAGGAGGAGAUGCGGGCGCAAAGGGCGGCGCACAGGGGCGGUGGUGGGCAGGGAGGCAUGCGGGGUGGAGGUGGCGGACGGGGUAGAGGAGGCGGUGGCCGUGGAGGGCGGGGAGGCAGAGGCGGCGGUGGGUUUGGCGGCGAAGCGUCGAGGGAUCCAAUGGGAGGAGAUCAAACCCACCAAUACGAUGACCGGCAGCCCCCAUACGUCGACAGACAGCCCUACGAUGAAGGGCAGUCCUACGACCAGAGGCAACAGUACGCCGAACAGCAGCAAUACGGCUACGAGGCUGAAGGCCAGCAGAGAUAAGUCAGGUCAGUGCUGCGACGUGUUUUAACCUCGAGCUUGUUACCAUGAUAUUGAGCAAGUAAUUCCAGCGCAGAACGCAUUAAUAAUGCAGGGUUUGUUGUCGAUGGUCGGAGAAAGCCUGAUGAGUUGCUUCAACAAGUGCAAGCGGCCGGGUCAAGUGCAUGUGUAUACGAGGGAUGCGUCAUCUCCAAAUUGACUUUCCUGCUACGACAUGCCAUCGAACCUUAAAUGCUCCCGCAGCCUUCUCGUGCUCCGCAUGCAGUUCC